AUGGUGCCUAGGAUACGGAAGUUGAAUCAUAAUCAACAUGUUCGACAACAAUUUCCCUUUGUCACAUUUAAUCGCGAGCAUUCAGAUAUCGUAAUUCCAGCACCGUCUUGGCCCUUUGAAUGUAAAGAAAAGAAUGAUAAAAAGGGGUUGAUUGUCAACCUAGAGACCCUAGUCAGGACCAUGCCAACACCAAACACCCUGACUAGGGGAUUAUCUCAACGCCAUGAAAACCAAGACCAGUCAGGGUUUGAAUCGACGCAUUCAAACCCUGACCAGGCACUAGAUCUUGAACGCACCAGAGAUGCGAAAUCGCAUCCUAACGAGAGUCGAACUAUUUAG